AUGUCGGGUUCCUUGCUGAAACUGCAGCCGGAAGUCCUUGUUGACACCGACAGUGUCUGUGGUGCUGAGACACACAAGCGCGUUGUCUCCAUUCCCGCUUCAAGGCUUGCGGAUGCACGCAAAAAUGCCACAAACGGCCCGCUCAAUUUGGGUGGAGUAAGCCGAGCACUAGCAACAGCCUCGGGGGUUCCGGCACAUGUGGCACGAGUAGAUGCGGCCGCAAAGGCUUUAACGCAUCCGGUGCAACCCUUUGCUGUUGCGGCGCCUUGCCUGAACGAGAGCGUGUCCCCGUGGCGGGCACGUGGAGCGCCGUCUGUCGCCAGCUCGUCUGCUGCAGAGAAGGCUACUCUCUUGGAUGAGUUCAACACAAAGGGCUCUGUGGCGUACCCGGGAGGUGCUGUUCUUCCAGCUCUCAUGACCAAGUUGUCGGAUGUGGAGCGGCUCCUCUAUACAUUGUUGCCUCCUAGGCGCACUGUGUGUAAGGAAACAGGAAAUACGGUUGUGGAGUUUGUCUCCACAGAGCCGUCUUCUCGGAUAGAGGUGGCGGAGCUGCAUGAGCGGUUGACGAACCGGCUAAAGCAGCGACGUGCUCAGGAUAGUGGGAUAUGCCCGAUUAGGCGCGAAAUUUAUGCAGAGAUCUUUGAUGAGCUUAUUAGACAGGUAACGCUGGAGGAACCAACACGAGGCAUCCUGCUGCUGCGCAUUCGUGACGAGUUGUACCAGACCUUAGCUGCCCACCGUUCUCUCGCGGAGCGAGCCAUGUAUUUUGCCUCAAAGCAGCGGGAGGAGUCUGAUGUGGGUACGGCGCAGCUCAAGCAGCGCAUUAAGGAGUUGGAGGAGGUGCGAGCGGAACUAUUAGUGAGGCGAAAGGCGGCGCAGGUGCGGGAAAGCCAAUUGCUAUACGCCAUUGAGCAGGAGAACAAUGCCCGCAGCAAGGUACGGCAAGAUGAGUUGGGGUACUACCGGCAAGCCAACCGGCAGCUGACGCAGCGCAUCAAAUCCGAGACGGAGCGUACAAACGCACAGGGAGUGCUUAUUCCCGCCGUUGUGCUCGACGCUGAAUGCGUGGAGGUUAAGCCCCCAGUGACUACAUAA